AUGAUAGUUUCACUAUACUAUUUAAUCCUUUCGCUUGUUAUACCAAUAUUAGUUGUGGCACUGUCCAACAGCACAGCCGACUUACAAUAUAAGGGCGUAAGUAUCGGUGGAUGGUUAGUUCUCGAACCUUAUAUUACGCCGUCGCUUUUCAAGGAUUCCUUGUCGGAUGAUGAGACUGAGAAGGACCUUCCCGUAGAUGAGUACCAUUAUUGCAAAAAGUUAGGACACGACGAAGCGUCAAAGCGUUUACAGCACCACUGGGGAACGUUCUACCAAGAAUCCGACUUUAAGGAGAUUCGUGACCAUGGGUUGAAUAUGGUGAGGAUCCCCAUUGGUUAUUGGUCUUUUGAGAAGUUUGAUGGAGACCCCUAUGUUUCUGGAGCACAAGAUUAUCUUGACAAAGCAAUUGAAUGGUGUUCAAACCACGAUUUGAAAGUGUUGAUUGAUUUGCAUGGGGCUCCUAAUACUCAAAAUGGUUUUGACAAUUCUGGUUUGAGAAAUAUCGGGUAUCCUGGUUGGCAAAAUAAAACAGAGUAUGUGGAGCACACCAUUAAAGUCUUACAACAAAUAUAUAAGAAAUAUGGAACAGGGGAGUACGCUGAUAAUUACAGCGAUACGAUUAUUGGGGUUGAGGUUUUGAAUGAACCCUUGGGCCCCAAGUUGAACAUGACUGACUUGAAAAAGUUUUACAUUGACACGUACAACGAUGCUAGAGACAUACAGACAGUCAACAAUUCAAUCUUGUUUCACGAUGCUUUUCAAAGUUUGGGGUAUUGGGAUGAUUUCUUCACCAAGGGCCAAGUCAAGUAUCACAACCGGACACUAAAUGACACAGCUAAAUUUGAAAAUAUUGUCGUUGAUCACCACCACUACGAAGUUUUUGGAAAUACUGUUGCCGAUAAUGUGACUCAGCAUUUGGAAAAUAUUCAAAAUUACGCAAGCUCAAUUGGGAAAGAAAAGAACCCAGCUAUUGUGGGAGAAUGGUCAGCUGCCUUAACUGACUGUGCUCCAUGGCUUAACGGUAUUGGGUUGGGAACUAGAUAUGAAGGUACAGCGCCCUAUGACAAUAAAGCUGCUGGUAAGUGUUCAGAUGUGACACGCAAUUCAUCGAAAUGGUCUAGCAAACAGAAAAAGGACUAUCGUAGGUUUGUUGAGAUGCAGCUCUACCAGUACAAUGCUCGCACACGUGGAUGGAUAUUUUGGUGUUGGAAAACUGAAGGAGGAGCCACCGAAUGGGAUUUUAGACAGUUGGCAAGAAUGCAAGUCAUUCCACAACCGUUGGACGAUUACAAGUACAUUAAGAACGGGAAAGACACCAGUGGUAGUAGCAAUACUGAGGUUAAUGGAGCGUUCCUAAAGACAAUGAUAGCACUUGUUGCGUGGUAUAUUUUAUAG